AUGGCAAAGCCCCAGCAGCCACAACUGUUCUUCCAAAAGAAGAAUAAGGAGUUGCAGUUUUAUCAGAAAAAUAAGGAAAAGAAGGGCCUGAUCUGCUUUAAUUCAGCCCUGAAGGCCCAGGAUGAUUAUUCUCUCUUGCUGACAAAUGUUUGGCAGUCUGUCCAGGCUAAGGCCGCUCUCUUCGGCCUCCUGAGCGCCGGUGACCGGGAGCAGGUGUCCGCCUGCGUCGCCGUCCUGGAGCGGCUGCUGCAGGCCCUGGAGCCACCGCACCUCGUCCGGCACCUGCGGGAGGAGCUGCAGAAGGGCCUCGUCCACCCCGACGACUCCGUGAAAAUCCUCGCCAUCUCUCAGAUUGGGAGGAUUGUUGAAAAUCCAGAUGCUAUUAGGGAAAUUAUCGACAGUCCUGAACUAUUACGGCAAAUAAUCUACUGCAUUGGUGGAGAGAAAAUAGCCGUGGCUAAAGAGGCCAUCAAAUCUCUUUCCCGGGUCGCACAGACGCAGGAUGGCUUGGAGGCCUUGUUUGCGAGCAGCUUGUUGAGUGACUUGAGGAAUGUUAUGGCAACAAAUGAUAUUGUGCGGUACAGAGUGUACGAGCUAGUGGUUGAGAUUUCUUCAGUGUCAGCUGACUCGCUAAAUUACUGUGCAAACAGUGGAUUAAUAUCAGAAUUAAUUGGAGAGUUGACCGGAGAUGAUGUGCUAGUCAGAGCUACGUGUAUAGAGAUGGUAACCUCACUGGCUUAUACUGCCCAUGGACGCCAGUAUCUUGCUCAACAAGGAGUUAUUGAUAAAAUUUCCAACAUUAUCAUUGGUGCAGAGUCUGAUCCUUUCUCUGGCUUCUAUUUACCAGGAUUCGUUAAAUUUUUUGGAAAUCUGGCCGUGGUAGACAGCCCCCAGCAGAUCUGUGAACGAUACCCUGUAUUUGUGGAGAAAGUCUUUGAAAUGGCAGAAAGUCAUGAUCCAACCAUGAUCGGAGUGGCUGUAGACACACUAGGAAUCCUGGGAUCAAACGUGGAAGGCAAACAGGUUUUGCAGAAAACUAGAAGUAGGUUUCAAAAUCUUCUAAGCAGAAUCGGACAUCAGGCAAAGAAUGCCCCAACAGAAUUAAGACUUCGAUGUUUGGAUGCCAUUUCCUCUCUGCUUUACUUGCCUCCAGAUCAGCAGACGGAAGACCUCUUGAGAAUGACCGAGUCGUGGUUUGCAUCCCUGUCCAGCCAACCAUUGGAACUCUUCAGGAGUAUCAGUACUCAGCCCUUUCCUGAUCUCCACUGCGGGGCUUUAAAAGUGUUUACUGCCAUUGCAAACCAACCGUGGGCCCAGAAGUUGAUGCUUAAUAGUCCUGGCUUCGUGGAAUACAUUGUAGACAGAUCUGUGGAACCUGAUAAAGCUUCAAAGGAUGCCAAAUAUGAACUGGUUAAGGCCCUUGUAAACUCUAAAACAAUCGCAGAAAUCUUUGGAAAUCAGUAUUACUUGAGGCUUAGGGCUUACUUGAAUGAAGGCCCUUAUUAUGUUAAGGCAGUUUCUACUACAGCUGUGGAAGGAGCUGAGUAGUGUCACAGCAGCAGCCUGUCUCAUUUUUCCUUCU